GAGAGAAACCGGAACUACCAGGAGCUAGUUGUGGGCACGCUGGCGGCAUCAUCACCUCGGUAAUCCCGCGAAAAGAAUUUGGCCAAUCGAUGAUCGGUGUGUCGUUUGCAAAGGCCAAUCGCAGCACGGUAGCCGCAAAGUAAGGAGUGUCCUUUGAUCCAGCGUGUCAUCGACGAGCGCGAACAGAGCGUCGAGAGAAAUGUCGCUGACCUGCUACAUUAGCAAUGAGGUCACUGACCGCCCUUGCGUGUCCCCGCUUUCUGGACACGUGUUUGAUCGGCGUCUCAUUGAGAAGUAUUUGGCCGAAAAUGGAACAGAUCCGGUGACCAAUCAGCCGCUAAGUGAAGAUCAGCUGAUAGAUAUCAAAGUUGCUCACCCAAUAAGACCCAAGCCACCAUCUGCAACCAGUAUCCCUGCGAUCCUAAAGUCUCUGCAAGAUGAAUGGGAUGCUGUGAUGCUUCAUAGCUUUACCUUGCGGCAGCAACUACAGACUACUCGCCAGGAGCUGUCUCAUGCACUCUAUCAGCAUGAUGCUGCUUGUCGUGUCAUUGCUCGUCUCACCAAGGAAGUAACGGCUGCUCGUGAAGCUUUGGCUACUCUGAAACCUCAGGCUGGAAUUUCUGUACCCCAAGCCAACCCCAAUCCACAAGCUGGGGCAGCUAGUGUUGGAGAUGCCAUGGACAUUGGUGAACUGGUAGGCAUGUCAGCAGAGAUUAUACAGAAGCUUCAAGACAAAGCAACAGUUCUCACUACGGAGCGUAAAAAGCGUGGUAAGACUGUGCCAGAGGAUCUGGUGAAGCCAGAAGAACUCAGCAAGUAUCACCAGGUUUCCUGUCAUGUAGGUCUUCACAGUGCUAGCGUUCCUGGGAUCUUGUCUCUGGACUUGUGCCCAUCAGACACCAAUAAGACGCUUACAGGUGGGGCAGAUAAGAGUGUGGUGGUUUUUGAUUCCGUCUCUCAACAAAUCCUCGCUACACUCAAAGGUCACACUAAAAAGGUCACCAAUGUUGUGUUUCACCCUUCACAGGAGCUUGUGUUUUCUGCUUCACCGGACUCUACAAUCAGAGUCUGGUUGGUUCCCGAUGCCUCGUGUACACAGGUGCUCAGAGCUCACGAAGGGGCUGUGACUGGUCUCAGCCUGCAUGCCACAGGAGAUUAUCUGUUGAGUUGUUCAGAUGAUCAGUACUGGGCGUUUUCUGACAUUCAUGUAGGCCGUGUCCUCACCAAAGUGACUGAUGAAGCGUCUGGAUGUGCUCUUACCUGUGCCCAGUUUCACCCUGAUGGUCUUAUUUUUGGCACUGGAACAAUGGAUUCACAGAUUAAGAUCUGGGAUCUUAAGGAACGUUCUAAUGUGGCUAAUUUCCCCGGCCAUUCUGGCCCAGUGUCUUGCAUAGCAUUCUCAGAGAACGGGUACUAUCUGGCUACAGCUGCUGACGAUUCCAGCGUCAAACUGUGGGAUUUGAGAAAGCUAAAGAAUUUCAAGACUCUGCAACUGGAAGAAGGAUACCAGGUUCGCUCCCUUGUAUUUGAUCAGAGUGGAACAUAUCUGGCUGUUGGUGGAACAGAUAUUCAGGUUUAUAUCUGCAAGCAGUGGGCCGAAGUUCUGCAUUUCACAGAUCAUAGCGCUGUCACAACUGGUCUGGCCUUUGGCCAGAAUGCAAAGUUUUUAGCCUCUACUGGGAUGGAUCGAAGUCUGCGUUUCUACAGCUUGUGAUCUGAAAGUGCGCCUUCUCCACGUGGCUGAUUCCAGAUUUGUAAAUGUUUUACCAUGCUUAAAGAUUGUAACGUGUUACACUUACGUUUUGUAUGCAACAUCCCUGCAGGUGAUAAAUGUAAAGUCUUGGAAGUGUUUCUUCUGUGUCCCGCAGGGUCCCAACAAACUUAAUUUGUAAAAGAGAAAAACAGCUUAUUUUGGUACAUGUGUCUAACACACCUCUCAAGUGUGGCUCAGAAUGUUGUGUAUUGUAGCAUGUAGUAGUCUGGUAAGUAUUUUCUUGCGAGAACGAAAUAAAAUGACUUGACCCACUAUCAAAUGAUUGGAUAUUUUCUAUCUCAUCUGCAAAAACGCUGCAGUUUUCUUUUAUAAACACCCCUUUUGUGUGCUGUCCUUUCUUCCAGGCUGUCCUGUUCUGGGCUUGCCUUUGCCUGCAUUCAUGAAUUAUUUGCUGUUUCUAAUCUGUUAUGCUCCAGUAUUUUGUAUUUCUUAGUAAUAAAAAGUUUUUAAACCUGA